AUGUCUUCUCUUGGUGCCCUGUGGCAAAAACCCACCACCAGGCAGCUGGUGACCGGUGCAGCACUGCUGGUGCUCACCGCGUUCUACUCGCCUUUGACGGUUCUGACUUUGGCCCCUGUCUAUGGUACUCACGGUACACACGUUUUCCAUGCCUAUGGAGUUGCCAUUGUGGCCGCUGUGGGAUGGUUCAUGAAGGAUCACAUCCAGCGACUCUCCGGCCGGAAGGCGGUCUACUUCAUUCCAGUCGUGGCCUUCUGGAUUCCCACCAUUCAGACCUUCCUAUUCUCGUCGAGCUCUGUUCUGGGAAAUCCUGUCGGCCCCAUCUUCACCGAGAUAGCUGCCUACUAUCCAUUGGUCAUCCUCUCUGUCGCCUGUGCAGGCAAGCUGGUGCAGGCAGGUCUGGAUCUAGGCCGCCACGGUGAAGCCGUUGCCGAGCACGUUCCGCUCCUCUCCACCUAUGUCAUCUACAAGGUUGGAGAGAAGAUCGCCAAGGCAUUUUUGGGUAAGUUCAUCGGGUCGACCAUCUUCUUCAGCCGCGCCGGCUUGCAAUUCUUGCUGCCCGCCUUGUACUCUGCCGUCAUCCCCUCCAAAUUCCUGCUCUUCGCAGUCCCCUCCCUGCUCCUCUCAGCCACCUCCAACGUGCAUCUCAGCGACGGAGCCCUAAACUCGUACUUGAACGAUGAGGGCUUCGCGCUGGUUGCCCGUCAGGAUUCCAACACCGGCUACAUCUCGGUGCUCGAUAACCUGAACGAUGGUUUCCGAGUCAUGCGAUGCGACCACAGCCUGCUGGGAGGCCAGUGGACCAGAAUGCCGCGCGGCUACAGCCCUGCCACCUUGGACCCGAUCUACGCUGUCUUCACCAUGCUGGAAUCCGUCCGCCUCGUGGAGACCGACCACGGCGAGCCUCGCGUGGACGCCGACAGCAAGGCACUCGUCAUCGGUCUCGGUGUUGGAACCACGCCUUCAGCGCUGAUCGAGCACGGCAUUGAGACCACCAUCGUGGAAAUCGACCCCGUCGUGCACCAGUUCGCAUUGGAAUACUUCCACCUCCCCUCGAACCAUAUCGCCGUCAUUGAAGACGCCACCACAUUCGUGGAGCGCUCUCCCCCGGCGCAGUAUGAUUACAUCGUCCACGACGUCUUCACCGGCGGCGCUGAGCCCCUCGAGCUCUUCACCAUCGAAUUCAUCGAGAAACUCGCCUCCCUUCUUAAAGACGACGGCGUCAUUGCCCUUAACUACGCCGGCGACAUCACCCUCUACCCCGCGGCCCUGACCAUCCGCACCGUCCGCGCCGUCUUCCCGACCUGCCGCAUCUUCCGCGAGGCGGCCGAGAACGACGACCUUAACAACGACUUCACCAACAUGAUCAUCAUCUGCAAGAAGAGCGCCGCCACCCCGCUGCGCUUCCGCCAGCCCACCGCCAACGACUACCUGGGCAGCAAAUUCCGCGAGACCCACCUGCUCCCCCGCCACGAGGUCGACCCCGCCCGCUUCGAGGUCAUCCCGCCCAACGGCCGCCGCCUGCUGACGGCCCGCGAGUCCCACCUCCUGCACAAGUACCAGGAUCGCUCCGCCCUCGAGCACUGGCAGAUCAUGCGCACCGUGCUGCCGGAUCUGGUGUGGGAGUAUUGGUGA